CAGAGCCUUUUUUUCCCCUCUGGUGUCUGGGACGUGGGCAGGGAUUUGCGGUGUGGGCAGGGAUUUCCUCACUCUCCGCUCCGCUCGGGAUGAUCUAGCAGUGAGUCUGGGAUCUGGACGGAGAGGAGCCAGGAAUGAUGAGCGGCCGCACGCUUUGCCUACUGCUGUUGCUGGGUUUGCUGGCCGCCGGGGAGGACAGCUCGCCUGGACUCCCCGAACAGCAGAGGCCGGAGCGGGAAGGCUCCCCGGCUCCCGGGGCUGGAGGGAGACCCGGGAGGAAUGGGGCUCCCCCGAACCGGAGGAGCGAUCAGCCGCCCCUGGAAGCCACCAAAGCGAAGUUGGGAGCCCUCGCCCAGUUCUUCGGCAAAUUCCGGCUGCUAGUGCUGGCCGCCCCCGACCCCUCGGAUAACUCCUACCGCCUGAUGGAGCAGCAGAUCGACGUGAAGAGCCGGCAGCUCCGCUGUCACUUGGUAGCCAGGGACCUCUUGGUCCUGAUCUUGUUCCAGGAGGCUAGUGCCUCCCCGGGCAAGUUGCUCACCGUCUCCCAGGAAGGCGAGGUCUCGGAGCAGACGGUGGGAGCUCAGGAGGCAGCUCAGAUCCGGCAGCACCUGUCCUUGGAGGAGGGUCAGUUUGGAAUGGUGCUGCUCAGGAAAUCCAUGCAACUGUACGAGAGGUUCCCGUACGCCGUGAGGAUGGAGGCUGUGCUGGAAACGGUGGACCAAAUGCCCCUCAGGAAGAUCGAAAGCGUGACCAGGAGAAGCCAGCAGCUGAAGUGCAAAGGUGGGAGGGACAGGAAACUGGGCUCAAGACAAUUCCACCACAACAGGAGGGGAAUGGUCAACAGGACAAUGAGCAACAGGGGAAUGGUCAACAGGACAAUGAGCAACAGGGGAAUGGUCAACAGGACAAUGUCGAACAGGAGAACGAUCAACAGGGGAAUGGUCAACAGAACAUUGAUCAACAGGGGAAUUGUCAACAGGACAAUGGUCAACAGGACAAUGUCGAACAGGGGAACGAUCAACAGAGGAACGGUGCAAAGGACAAUGCCCAACAGCAACAGGGGAAUGGUCAACAGGACAAUGUCGAACAAGGGAACGAUCAACAGAACAUUGAUCAACAGGGGAAUUGUCAACAGGACAAUGAGCAACAGGGGAAUGGUCAACAGGACAAUGUCGAACAGGGGAACGAUCAACAGAGGAACGGUGCAAAGGACAAUGCCCAACAGCAGAUUGAGAUUAGCUUCUCCCAAUUCCCAGAAGUUGGUCCGUUCUAAGAGUGCCAGUUCUUCAGGGAAACUGAGAACGUCAGCCCCAGGCAGCAGGAGGACACUGGGCAAACGGAAAGGAUCAGCCACCACCCUGAACUCUAUUGGUAAGAGAAGAGCUGACAGCCCCUGGAGUGCAGAUACGCCCAAGGAGUCUCCCACAGUGCCACCAGGACAGCGGAUGAUGGAUCAGAUCAAAAAGAAGGUGCAGCAGAUGUUAGUGGCCAAACACCAGAAACCUGACCAGCGCAGGCCAAUUCUCAUCAGCCAGAAUAAGAGCCAAAUAUCCCGGACAGGAACUCAUACCUACCCCAUACCCUGGGCCCGAUCUACUAGCUCACCUCCAGUGUCCUCAACCAUGACUUUUCUUAACAGACCUACUGCUGGUACUGAACUGGGUUUCCAACCAGAGAAUGCUGUCCCCCUGAAACGCAACCAAUCUCAAUUGUCACCAGCUCAGACUGUAAGGCCAGGAGUCUUUGAAUCCAACCCAAGCAUAGUUCAGUCCCAGGACAGUUUUUCCGCUUAUCAGACUCUGGAGAACUUUUCCAGUCUCCCUCCAGCUAUGUCACAUCACACUGAGUCAGGACAUUGGAACAAUGGAUCACCUAGCGUUCAACCCAGUCUUAUUGGGCCCUCUAAUCCCUCUGACCGAGUGUCUCAUGUCCCACACCAACAAGAAACAUCAGCCUCCAACCCUGAGAGCCACCAAACAAUGGACCAGUGGUCAGAUUCUCUCCCCAGGACCACACUUCCCAAAACGCCCAGGGUUCCCGUCACUGUGCAGCCCAUUGAAGAUGGAACUCGCGACAAGGCAGAGGGAGAGUUAAGCCAGCUGCCUCCAGAACGGGGGGGAGGGCGUCAGAGGCAGAAUAACCCAAUAUCUGUACGAACCAGAGGCAAGAAAGGGGAGAACAAGCAAGAAGGUAACGCAAAUAAAGCGGUCAGAAACAAAGGCCGGAAAAACAGGAGAAACCGCAAGAACAAGAAAAAUGGCCCCAGAAACUCAAAGCCGAUUGACAACAGGGAGCUCAUGGGACUUUUACAGCAUUUUCGGAACAAGCGGAGAUUGCUGCUCAUUACAGCACCCAGGAAAGACAGCAAGCUCUACAUACACCAAAGGGAUGAGUACCUGGAGCACUUAUGCCAGCUAGCUGUCCGGAAAUUCAGCAUGAUCGCUAUCCUGGGCUCACAAUCCAACAGCACCCUGAUGGUGGAGCAUUAUCAGAAUGAGAACGAAUUAGCACUUGAAAACCCAGCUUCCGAAUCUGCCAACGUUGAGCUGAUUGCUCAGCUACGAAGAGAAUUUGGGAUGUCAUUUGAUGAAUUCUUUAUGGUUCUGGUUGAUUAUGAUAUGCAAGUUAAGCAAUAUUUCGAUGUCCCUAUCCCUGUUAAGAUUCUAGUGGAUUAUGUGGACACACUGCCUUCUCGGCGGCUAGAGAUUGAGGAAGAAAAGAAAAAUGGUGUCACCUGUAUCGAACACAACAGGGAGGUCAACAUCAACAAAUUUCUUUCCAGAUGUCCUGAAACCUGGGCACUCGCAAAUAGCACAGUGUCUGCAUUCUCAGUCUUGGCUGCAGAGCAUAGAAUUCGCCACUUUACUCUAUUGAAGUUGGUGGGAUCAGGUGAAGAUGUUUCGGGAUCUAUGGAAGUGUUUCCAUUGAAUGGAAGAGCUGAAGUGGCGACGGAGGUGUUUUCCUCAAUGCUGGUGAAAGGCCUUCGUGAACACUUCCAGAUCAGCGAGGAGCACUUUAUGCUGUUCGUAAUCGGUAAAGACGGCACCAUCAACUCCUGGUACCUGACUCCUGUCUGGUCGCUGACGAACAUUUAUGAACUGGUGGACUCAAUGCAACUGAGGCAAGAGGAGGUACAGCUUCAAGAGACACUGGGAAUCUCAUGCCAGGAGGAUGAAUAUUCCCCCCAUUACCGUGGAUACCCUGAGCAUGGAUAGCAUCCCCAUAAUAGGAAAUAAUUCUCAUGUGAGACAAAUCACUAAUGAUAUGAACUUUGUUUUAAAUAUAUAGUCAAUUUAUAUCAGCAAUAUGCAUUGGACAGUUUACAAUAUCAAUGUUAUCACUGCACUUUGUACUUGUUAGGGUGGUAGUGCUGCAAUAACCAAUACAGUAGCUCCCCUGAUGAGC